UUUUUCACCCAAAAAAUCGAACUGGACAGACGCUUGCCCAAAGGAGUCUCUGGAACGUGGGUUAUCCAAGAGAAUCGUUUAUGUGGGAUUGUAGUGGCAGUGUACGAAAACGAGCCCUACGCUCAUAUGAUCACUGUGGACAGAAUGUUUCAGAACAUUCGCGACAUAGUGAAGACUAAAAGCGUUACUGUUGCCACAAAGAAAGACUUAGAAGGGGCCUACAAGAAAUCUGAGCGACCAGAGUCGAAGCGCUCGGUUGGCAACGCGGGACAAAGCUCCCAACCCGCAGGAGACAUGAGCAGCACUCCAAUGCCAGUAAGCGCAGUGAUCAAUGCAAACACAGCGCCCCAACAAGCUCAGACGACUUCGGUUUCCUCGAGAACGAGUGAUCAUCCGUGGACAUGGAGCCAGGAACAUAGCGACUACUACAAGCCAGUGUACGGCGCAGAUGGAAGAUUAGUGAAAUUUGUCUGGGGAAGAGCGACACUCUCUCAAACAACUCAUCCUCUUUCUCAGGUCUCAACAACAUCGGAUGCUUCUCAAUGUGGACAAGCAACACCAGCAGAACCGCAAGCGCCUGCUUAUUCCCCCAUGCCACAAUCUAGAUUGCAUCUCCCCUCUGGACAGUAUGGACUUGAACAAACCGAUAGAUACGGACCAACCGCCCGAGCUCAACCAAGUCCACAUCAACAACCCGCACAGUAUCCAUGGUCAAUAAUUCCACAAAGUCCACAAACCGCACAACACUACGAAGCUCCCUCGGGUCAGCCAAACUCGGGAGGUCCGUAGACCCCUGCAAACACCCCUUGAUCAGGUUCAAACCCUCAGGAAAAACGGUAGCAAACUCUGGCCUAUGAUGGCUAUUGUGUAUAAUAGGGUAGACGCUUAGAAUCUCUUCUAUCCAACAUCUGGGUUCAUGCACACUCGCACGUUGACGCUUUGACAG